CUUUAUUCCUCAACUUUCUCACUCUCUUUAAGUAUUGUAGCUCAUACAUUCUCUCACUUCUCUCUUCCUCUUUCAUUGAUCAUAACCCAAUUUCACCAAAAAAACAUUCAUUAUCUCAUCAUCUCAAUUCUUUUUUCAAAAGCUUCAAAUGAGUUUCUUUCAUGUCAUCACUUUGACAUAAUUCUCCUAAAGUUCCAAAAUUUUGAAAAAUUUCUACCUACCCUUUAUUCCUUCUUCAAAAAAAUUUAAAUUUUUUUUUUUGCUAUUCAUGCUCAUGGACUACUUAAAGGAACUAGAAUGCAAAAUGGCACAUGAUUAUCAAAAGAAGGAUAAAAUGGCAACAUCAAUAUUGGUUCAAGGACCAAUUAUAGUAGGAGCUGGUCCAUCAGGAUUAGCAGCAGCUGCAUGUCUUAAACAAAAAGGAAUUCCAAGCUUAAUCCUUGAAAGAGCAAAUUGUUUAGCUUCAAUGUGGCAACUCAAAACCUAUGAUAGAUUAAAGCUUCAUCUUCCAAAACAAUUUUGUCAAUUACCUCUCAUGCCAUUUCCAAAAGGGUUACCUUCAUAUCCAACAAAGCAACAAUUUUUAUCUUACUUAAAAGCUUAUGCUAAUCACUUUGAUAUUAAUCCUUUUUUUGGUAAACAAGUUGUGAAUGCUGAAUUUGAUCAUGUUUGUGGAGUUUGGAGAGUGAAGACUCAAGAAGUUACUAUGAAAAAGAGUGUUGUUAUUGAAUAUGUUUGUCAAUGGUUGAUUGUGGCUAGUGGUGAAAAUGCUGAGGAAGUUAUGCCUUCAAUUGAAGGGAUGGAACAAUUUCAAGGACCUAUUUUGCAUACUAGUUUGUAUAAAAGUGGAAGCAUGUUUUGUGGGAAGAAUGUUUUGGUGGUGGGGUGUGGAAAUUCAGGCAUGGAGGUGUGUUUAGAUCUUUGCAACCAUAAUGCUCAUCCUUCCUUAGUUGUUAGAGAUACGGUACAUAUCUUGCCACAACAAAUAUUUGGAAAAUCAACUUUUGGUUUAUCUAUGUGGUUACUUAAAUGGUUCUCAGUACAUUUUGUGGAUCAAUUUUUACUUCUAAUGUCAUAUCUUAUACUUGGUGACACAUCUCAAUAUGGAAUUCAGAGACCAAAAAUUGGUCCAUUAGAGCUUAAGAAUUUGUAUGGAAAAACACCAGUUUUAGAUGUUGGGACAGUAGCUCAAAUCAAAACUGGCAAAAUUAAGGUUUGUAAAGGAAUUAAACGACUAGCACAUAAUGCAGUGGAAUUUGUUGAUGGAAAAGUAGAGAACUUUGAUGCAAUCAUUCUAGCUACUGGUUAUAAAAGCAAUGUACCCACUUGGUUAAAGGGAAGUGACAUGUUUAGUGAGAAAGAUGGAUUUCCAAGGAAACCAUUCCCAAAUGGAUGGAAAGGAGAAAAAGGAUUAUAUGCUGUUGGUUUCACCAAACGUGGCUUACUUGGUUCAUCUAUUGAUGCAAAAAGGAUUGCUGAAGAUAUUGAACAUAGCUGGAAAGCUCUUAAGGCCAAGCCACUUGCAUGAGUGAUGUGAAAAAUAAUAUCAUGCAAAUGUUUUUAGGGUUAGAAAAAAAAUAUUGGACUCUUCUUGGUUAUGGAGGUUCCUCUCCCAUUUGAGAAAAAAAAUGAAAAAGAAAAAGAAAAAAGUGCAUAUCUAUAUUUUUAUAUAUAUAUGAUCAAUAUAGAAUGUGUGAUUCCCAUUAUAUCCAUUAAAAAUACUAGGAAAUAUUGGUGGUUGGUGAAGGAAUUGAUGUUUAUUUUUGUUUGUUUGGGGUGAGAAUUAUUA